AUGCGCUUGUACGAGAUCGUUGUGUUGGUCUUGGCCCUCUGUUUGGUUAAGUACACCAAAGCUGAAAGCGAGACGGAUACGGAAACCUUGAGAGGUGAAGAAACAUUCGCGAGAGACGCGAAUCUCGACAGCACCGCUUAUCUGAAGGAAGACCCGGAAAAAGCCGCCGAAGAAGACCCAAAGAUACCAACAAAGGAAGACACCGAGGAAGAUUUCAGAAAACGGCCACGCCCACUCUAUGUCACUAUUAGAGUUCCUACAAACCACAACUUGAGAUUCUUUCAAGUUAGAUAUUGUUUCCGACGUAGAUGCUUUGGUAAGCGUAUAUUAGUCAUAAGAUAUUCUUCAUCAGCUUUCAUUGGUCCUCUUUUGCAAGAAUCUAAUGACCAUACGUUUUUGUCUUAAAUGUUCAAUGUAUCCUGAAUGCGCUUAAUUUUGUUUAAUUUCCGUCCGUCUGUUUUGGAACAGAAUGAUAUCUUUCUUCGGUAAUUCUAUUAAUUUACUAAAAAUUGAUUGAUUGAUUGAUUGAUUUAAAGAUUGAUUGCCUGAUUAAACCUAAAACCGACUGAUUACGCCGAUAACAAAACCAAACCGUGACGUAGGGCCUUGUGUUUUAAUCUAAGAAUUAAAAGUUUAAAAGGUAGAAUGGUUCUCAAAUCCUCUGUAGAACUAUGAUUUAAAAAUAAUAUUUCCGUCUGAAUUUCUUUCUUUUCAGUGCCAGGCCUGAGUCAAAGGUUCCUUUCAUGGCGAGUUGUGUACCAAUCGGGAUACGUGGUGAUCAACAAUUGGCUUUACUUUUUCUGGAACUGCAGUCCAAAGAUAAGACCGCAGCCUCGACCAACUCGAUUGAGGCCCUCGCCUACUCCCACCAGGACCCCUUUCAGCCGCUUUUUGGGAUGAAAUGUGCGAUCAAAUCAACCUUUCAUUUUUAUUUAAAUACACUAAGUAGGCUGCUCUGGGCGUUCUCUAGAAUCUCCCGCCAAACUAAGGUUUAGCUUGAUUUCAGCUGCCUCAUUCGCUCUCCAAGUCACUCGGGGACGGAGGCAGUCUUCUCUCCCGCCGGAGUGACUAAAGGAGCGGAGGAAGUGCUCGAAUUCGAAAUUUACCGAAACUUAGGGUGCUUUUCAUUUGUCAGAACCGCCUCGCCGGACCAUUGCCCGACCAAUCAGUUUGAAAAGGUAAUAGGCUUUGUCCGAGGGUUUUUGCUGAAAAACCAUCUUCUUCAAGCACACUAUUUGGGAUUUGACUGAUCUGCCUGGAGAGUUUUGAUCAAAAGGGAAAUUAUCGUUGCGACGGGAAUGGUCUGGCCGGUCAGUCUGACAAAUGGAAAACGCCAACUGGUAGCGCUUUAAACAACACUGUGAAGGUAUGUCUCUUUUAAUUACCAUGACAAAUAAAGAUAAUUUGUUUCUUUAAAACGUGUUUUUCUUUAUGUUAUCUUAGUUUGCCUUCUACGUGAAAGCUUUUGUGGUAAGAUCAAAUCCCUUGUAGUCAAUUUUUUACUGCUCGAAGGGCUACUUACUGUUUCAAUGGAAAUUUAAUAUUUUGCAGAGGCUGAGAAACUUUUGUUUAUCAAAGAAAUGAAAAAAGGGUCUUAUUUUUUAUCCUUUAGGAAUAGGGACCAUGGUCGGAGGUUUUUGCCGGAGAUAUUAGCCUGAAGCGUUUUUAUAUUUACGUUCUAGAACGCGGAAAUUCUUUUAAUUAGUGUCUGUAAAUAACGGUGAUCGAUUCAACAACCAGUGGCAAGCUUCAAGGGGGUCCAAUUUUCAAGUAGUUUAAUCGUUGCGUUCACUUACGUAAAAGAGUAGAAGAAAUUGGAAAACUACUGUGAACAAUGAGUCAGACACAUACGUACCGGCAGUCAACAAACUUCAAUUAUAAAUAAGUCCUGAAUGGGAUAACAGUGUCCAGAAGAAAAUAUAUUUGGUGGUUUUUUUUGGCAAACUCUGUAAAAUUUUUGCCGUGAAUUCAUCUGCUGUCAUUGUCAUCGGGGUAUCCGUAAUAAUUAAAAGAGAUGUUCGUAAAGUGAGAGUUUUCUCUACGAGCUUGAUUUGAGUGUGAAGUGAACAAGACUUUUCAACAUUUUAUACCUGAGUUCGGAAAUAUCAAAUAACAUGGCUAAAGACUAUAAACUCACGAUUUGCCCUGAUAAAACUUCUGUUCACUAUGUCAGGAGAGACUCAUGCAGCCCAAGUGUACUUGCAUGGGGAGUUUAAAAGGGAACGUAGUAAUUGUCUCUGUUUUUCUAAUACAAAUUUCAACUACAAAGUAAUAUGGCUUAUAUAAAGGAGUACCCUCCCCCCCGGGUUGUAAGCCUGCUUCAAUUACGUGAUGCCUUGUACAGUCCGGCCCCUCAGAAGUGAUUUUGAUACCCAAACUGACAAGAGUUAGUGCAUACAAAAGAAUUUUGUUUUUCCAGAGAAACCAGAGUUCUUGAAAUAACCAACAUUGGUUCAAGUUCUAGUCACGUUUUUGUGGUGACCAAUGGUAUAAAAAAGCUGUUUUGUUCAGAUCAGAGGGCAAACGCGCUUAUUCUUCUUUUGCUACCGUGUGAGCAAAAGAAAACACUUUGAAACCUUAGCGUCAUCACAGUCUGAUCAGUCAAGGUGAAGAUUCGUUUUAAAGCGUUAUAUUUCUUUCUUUCCCUUAGAUCUCUCCUGUCAGCUCGGGUUAUGAAUAGCUUAAUUCACUGGUUUAGACUGAUGAUUAAGUUUUAUAUAUCUUUGCCUGUAAAUUUAUUUUACAUUCUACUGGUUGAAAACUAUAUUGAAUUGGAGAAGCUAAACAACUUAACUUCGUAUUUUAAGAGGGUCCGCGAGUUCAAGAGCAAAAAGGACCACUUUUUGCGAUUCCUUUAUUGGAAUUUUAAAAAAAGAAGGCUUGCAUAUUUGUCGUCAACUCCACUGAUUUAACCCAGUAUCCAUAGCCAGUAUUACAUGAAAGUGAAGGGGAAAUUUAGUUAGACUGUUAUUUGGAUCCCCAGUUUUGGUACCAGCUAAGCGCUGUUGACUUUACAAGAGGGAUUUUUUUAACGUAGCUCCGCUAAGAAUACUUCGCAGUUUUAAUUUUAAUUUACAAGCUCUUGAGUCUUUUACAUAUUCAUUUGUUCGACAGCCAGAGAUGCGCUUGUACGAGAUCGUUGUGUUGGUCUUGGCCCUCUGUUUGGUUAAGUACACCAAAGCUGAAAGCGAGACGGAUGCGGAAACCUUGAGAGGUGAAGAAACAUUAGCGAGGGACGCGAAUCUCGACAGCACCGCUUAUCUGAAGGAAGACCCGGAAAAAGUCGCCGAAGAAGACCCAAAGAUACCAACAAAGGAAGACGCCGAGGAAGAUUUCGGAGAACACCGGGUGACUCGUGGGUUUCGUGACAUUCGUUUCACUAUUAGCGUUCCUACAAACCACAUCUUGAAAAUAUUUCACAUUAAAUACUGUUUCCGACGUAGCUGCUAUGGUAAGCGUAUAUUAGUCAUAAGAUAUCCUUCAGUGGUCCUCUUUUGCAAGAAUCGUAUGACCAUAAGUUUUUGUGUUAAUAAUAUUGUUUAAUGUAUCCUCCCUCGAAUUUUAAUUAGUGGCUGCACAUUCCUGUGAAUGUGGUUAAUUUUGUUUAUUUUCCGUCCGUCUGUUUUGGAGAAGAAUGGUAUCUUUCUUUGGUAAUUCUUUUAAUUUACUAAAAAUUGAUUGAUUGAUUGAUUGACUAAAAAAUUGAUUGCCUGAUUAAUGAAACGGAAAACCGACUGAUUAAGUCGAUAACCAAACCAUACACGUAGGACCUUACGUUUUAAUCUAAGAAUUAAAGGUUUAAAAGGUAGAAUAGUUCUCAAAUCCUCUGUAGAACUAUGAUUUAAAAUAAUUAUUUGCCUCUGAAUUUCUUUCUUUUCAGUGCCAGGCCUGCGUCAUGGGUUCCUUUCAUGGCGAGUUCUGUACCAAUCAGGAUACGUGGGGAUCAACAAUUAUCUUUACUAUUUCUGGAACUGCACUCCAAAGAAAGUAAAAGGAAAAUGAGCAGGACCCCUUCCAGCCGCUUUUUUUGGAUAAAAUGUGCGAUCAAAUCACCGUUCAUUUUUGUAUACACUACGUAAACUGCUCUGGGCGUUCUCUAGAAUAUCCCGCUAAACUAAAGUUUAUAUUGAUUUCAGCUGCCUUAUUCGCUGUGCAAGUCACUCGGGGACAGAGGCGGUCUUCUCGCCCGCCGAAGUGACUACACGAGCAGAGGAAGCGGAAAUUUAACGAAACUUUUCCAUUUGACAGAGCUAGCCCGCCUGACAUUUGCCAGACCAGUCAGUUUGAAAAUGUAAUAGGCUUUUUGCGAGGGUUUCUGCUGAAAAACCAUCCUCUUCCGGCACACUAUUUAGGAUUUGACUGAUCUAGCUGGAGAGUUUUGAUCAAAAGGGAAAUUAUCGUUGCAACGAGACUGGUGUGGCCGGUCAGUAUGACAAUGGAAAGCGCUCUUAGGUAGCGCUUUAAACAACAUUGUAAAGGCAUAAUAAAAUAAAAAUAAACAUUUAUUUGUUUAAAACUUGUUUUCUUUAUGUUAUCUUUGUUUGUCUUCUGCGUGAAAGCUUUUGUGGUAAGAUCAAAUCCCUUGUAGUCAACUUUUCACUGAUCGAAGGGCUACUUACUGUUUCAUGAUGGGAAUUUUACAUUUUACAUAUUAGGCUGAGAAACGUUUGUUUUCCAAAGAAAUGAAAAAAGGGUCUUAUUUUUUUUUAUCCUUUAGGAAUAGGGACCAUGGUUGGCGGUUUUUGCCGAGAUAUUAGGCCGAAGCGUUUUUAUAUUUAUGUCA